AUCAGCAGUACCCCUCAUACACCUCAAUUAUUAAGUACAGAGAAAUACAUUAUAGACAUAAAAAGCCGGUAAACUAGGUAAUCAUUCAGAUCAUACCUGUUAUACCUAUCAUUAUCAUGGCGUUGGUCACUUCCAAUGACAGUGGUACCAGUCCCUCCGUUAGAUACUCAGAAGGUUGGUUGCAACUGACGUAGCAGUCAUCUACACUAUCCUCUUAUGUUCCUACGAUGGCAAUUUCAUGAUAUCAGACAUCUUCUCGUAGCAAGUGCCACCCUAAUGGAACCAAUUUGAAUUGUUUUGAGCUUCAGCAGAGCUGACGCCUGUGCGUGCUACGGUAUCUCCUCCAUGACUCCCAGGUUGCUCCUUAAGAUGUCUACCUAGAUAGCAAAUGACUUACCUUACCACAUCCCUCGAUGCCAAAACCAACACAAGAGCAUCUUAGACGCCUUCGAGAACACUGUACAGACGCGGCAUGGACAAUUCGGCAGGAAUGUGCUGAAAUACUCUCGGCCAAGGAUCGCCAUGCUCAUACUGAGACGUCUCUAGUGGGCUGCGGCCCAGCGCUCGUUGACUUGCUCUCGCGCCAGGCGGAUAUAGUGCACAGCUUAUACCAAGAAAAUCAUGCAGGCACUACUGUUGAUGCCGUCCUAGAAGAUGGAAGAGAUUCGAGCUAUCUACGGAAAUACAAUCUCGCCCUCAAGCGGUUAGAGGAUAUUGCAUCCGUCGCUUACUCUAAAUUUUACGCCUAUCUUUUCAAAGAUCUCCCCAUUUGUUGGAGACAACUGUAUACGGAUGCUCGAAUCUUGAAGUUCUGUUUACUUCUUUUGAAGUCCCCGUACGUUGCCAAGGAUGAGUCAAAUAGAGGUGGUUCGCCUGACGGUUCCCACGACUGCUUGGAUGAGCUUGUCAAAACGCUAGAUCUUGCCUUGAUUCUAGCCGGCGCGGCUGGAGAGCGUAGGGGGAGAAGAUGGGUUGAUAAAGCUCUGGAAUUUCUUCAUGCAGUCUGGUUAGCAGAGGGGACAGGUCAUGAGAUACAUGAUGACUCUGCAACUAAUCAAGAUCGGCCGGCGAAGCGAGCAAAGCUCGUAGACGAUCAUGUUCCUUCACAGCUGCAUGACGACAAUGACCAGUAUACAGGAACAACCUUCUCAAUAUACGAACCAUUCACACCGUUUGUAACUCGCCCCAUUAAGAAAGUAGAUGCUCUAUCUAUGGAAGACUUUCAAGCAUACAUGGACCAGGCUCAAAAUCGUGACCUCGGCCCUGAGCCUCUCAUCAUUCGCAAUGCCCUCAGCGAAUGGCCAGCUCUGAGCACACGUCCAUGGAACCGUCCCUCGUAUCUCUUAUCGCAGACGUUUGACGGCCGACGUCUCGUGCCCGUGGAGAUAGGUCGCAGCUACGUAGACGAGGGCUGGGGGCAAAAACUCAUCACAUUCGGGGAAUUUCUACACGACUACAUCGACCCAACAUUACUCCCUCAAUCCAAUGAUCACCCAACUACAGAUGCCAAUCAUGACAAAGACAGUCAUGGAGGUCGCACAGUCUCAGGAAGUAACGCAGACACCCGACCCCCCAAACCAGUAGCCUACCUAGCCCAGCACCAACUCUUCACACAACUCCCGACUCUACGCAACGACAUCCUGAUCCCAGACUACUGCUACACCUCCCCGCCUCCGCACCCCACCGAUCCAAGCAUCAACCAGCCCGAGCUCGACGAACCGCUAUUAAACGCAUGGUUCGGGCCCCCAGGUACCAUCUCCCCUUUACACAACGACCCAUACCACAACAUCCUAACACAGGUCGUCGGCCGCAAGUAUCUCCGUCUCUACUCGCCUCGCGAAACAACUCGGCUAGCGGCGCGGGGGAAAGAGAACGGUGUCGAGAUGGGCAACACAAGUAUGCUCGACAUCGGGGUUCUAGAGGGCUGGGACGAAGCCCCUGAUAGCGCAGAACACGACAUAGAAGGCGCAGUGAAGAACGGAGUGGACGGGGACGCGUUCAAGGCCAUUCCUUUCGUGGAUGGUAUCCUGGAACCGGGGGAUGCGCUGUACAUACCUAUUGGCUGGUGGCAUUACGUCAGGGGUUUGAGCGUGAGCUUCAGUGUGAGUUUCUGGUGGAAUUGAAUACGCUGAAAAUGUUUUCCUGGAAAUCUACUAUGCCCGAUAGCAAGUUUUCCGGACAAGAUGUUCUUAUGCAUAGCCUGCCCGAACUUUUUAGGACUUGGGGUAUUUACCUAUGUUGCACUGAU